AACCAGUUGUCAUGAACAUCAAGUUUGAAUAACCAUUUAUAGCACUUAGUGAUACAACUUGAAACACGUUGCUUUCGACUGUCACAUUGCGCGUAGUAAGUUCGAUUGCCUGCAGGAUGAUGCGUCGUCUUUCGAUACGAGGGUAUCAUGUCGGCUACCUGAGCAGGCGAAACCAUCACCUUCAAGUUAUCAUCCCAGUUUUUCUUUUUCGAGAUUCAUUUCCGCAGAGCAGCAACAAAGCGUUCAAUCGCUCCACCGACGAUCGUCAUGAGGAAUCUAGUCUACUGCCUCCACCUCGGCCCGCCUCAGGCAGAUCGGUCUACCUAGUCGGCGAGUUAUCAAGUUCAUCUACGCCACAAGCCCAACUCUCUAUUAUACGUUGUAAGGGCCUCGCACGUUGCAACAGUGUUGUCUUCAGAAUUAUGAAAGAGUCGUUGGUGCUCUGCGUUGGCCUGACUACGCCUCGAUUUCCUCUUUCAUCAUUUGUGGAAAGUCUUGUGGUUUACUAUGUCAACAGUUCUGUGAUGCUUUAUUCUGAGGUCCUUUCAAUAGCCGACGACGCCUAGUUUGCGUUACUAUUACGAGCCACCAUUCUAGGACUUUGCAUCGUUCACUGACAUCAUGUCGGUGCCGUUGAAUCCUCCUAUAUGUCAUUUUAAGCCUACGAUCCAUUUAAUCCCCUGGCAUUUGUAUGUCAGGCGCUAAAUGGAUGUGAAGACCUUGUCCCGUUCUCAGACGCUAGGAUCACACUACAAACGCCACAGUCAAUUGAUUCUAUUAUCGCCGCUGCUCGCCCAAAACUCUUCACAAUAACCGAUCACCGCGUUCCCUGCAUAAAUACGUUAGUCACAAACACAGGUCAUGAUGGUGACAUUGCCUUCGCACACUUCUGGAAUUCUUGGCACCAAUUCAUCGAACAAAGCUCUCUCCGCUGU